GGUGAUAGUUGGCCAUGGAGAGCCUGCACCUCGCCUCUGUAACAAGGACCCAUUCGCCCUGAAGUCUCUCUCAUAUCUGGCACGCAUCUUCCCGAAAGCAAAGUUUGUGCUCAUGCUACGAGACGGACGGGCCACCGUCCACUCCAUGAUAUCACGCAAGGUGACAAUCUCUGGCUUUGACCUGACGAGCUACAGGGACUGUCUGACCAAGUGGAGCAGUGCAGUGGAGACCAUGUUCAGCCAGUGCCAGGCAGCGGGGAAGGGCAGAUGUCUCCCCGUGAGCUACGAGCAGCUGGUCCUCCAACCACAGGAGGAAAUGAGGAAGUUGCUUAACUUUCUAGACCUGCAAUGGGAUCCAUCAGUGCUUCACCACGAAGAGCUGAUCGGCAAGGCCGGUGGUGUGUCUCUGUCCAAGGUCGAGCGUUCAACAGACCAGGUGAUGAAGCCUGUGAACACUGACGCCCUCUCCAAGUGGGUGGGACACAUUCCUUCUGAUGUGUUGAGUGACAUGGCUGAAAUCGCCCCCAUGCUGGCUCGCCUUGGCUACGACCCUCACGCCAACCCCCCUAACUACACAAGACCAGAGCCCAUGGCCUCUCCAGUCAACUACUCACAGAGUUUUAAAACAGCAGAAUCUCCACAUCUCAGUUAAACAACAGAGGAGAAAUCUGCUCGCUCAGCUUUGCUGUUCCCUGAUAUGGAUGCACCUUAAUCACAGACCAGCUCAACAGUAAUUACACCUCAUGAACAUUUCUAUAGUGUCUCAUAUGUAUUUUUGAAUUGUAUGUAAGACUUGAAUGCAGCGGUAAUGUCUGUUCACAGACUAAAAUACAGAUUUAUGAGAUGGUUGGGAGUUUUAAAUUUCAGCUCUUGUGCUGUAUGUGGAUUACCUGAGGUUCACGGCAGCUCAGACAUUAUCACGCUGCAUUUUGAUGCAUCCUCACACCUCGUACCUGCAAGUUUUUCAUGUCUGUCGGUUGUUAUGGCUUCACCACAAAUGUGAAUGUGUCUUUACACAAAUCUCUUACUCACUGAGAUUUCAGUCAGUGUCCAUGAAGCAUAAUGACUGUAUAUUUUUGAAGAUGUAUGUUUAUUUUCUUAAUAAAUUAUUUUGCCGUUGACCAAUCAUUCAGGAACUGGAAAGCUGUUUAUUCCCAACUGAGAAUUUUUAAUUGUUGUAUAAUGUCGAACAUGAAAUAAAAAC